AUGAGGGCGCAUACGCCCCAAGGCCAGGGCGACGGAGGCUCCGCGGGGAACAACGGUCCCAGGCGAACCUCACUCGGCGCCAGCAGGUUGCGGGCCAGUUUCAACGGCAAUGCGCCGCGCCCGCAGACAUCGCUACGCGAGAGCAGGGUAAGUCUUCCAUCAAAUCAAACCUCAAAGAUUCCUCAGAGCAAGCUGCUGACUGCGCAUCUCCACAACCUCCAGAUGAGAUCCUUACGCGGCACCUCCCAAUCCGGCUACGAUAUUAUCACCGGCGAAGGGCCCGGGGCUCAGCCUGCGCGACCGUCCUCGCGCCAGGGCGCCGGCCACGAAAACCCGUACGCGCAGUCGCAGAGAGCCACGUCCCGCGAGAGCAGCAAGGAAAACAUGGCGCCCCCAGACGCCGAGGAGUACGAGACCCAGCGGCGGCGCAUAGAGGAGCUGAAAGCAGAGGUCGGCACCCUGAAGUACACCAUCAGCAACUAUGAGCAGGAGAAGGAGAUGGCGCGUCUGCAGCAGGAGAGCGAGGUGCGCGACGCCAGAAGGCGGGCGGAGGAGGACUUCAAGAAGAAACAGGCCGCCGAGGGCGAUAAGGCCGCCGCCGAGAGGCAGCUCGAGGCGCUACAGCAGGAGAUCGAGAGCUUAAGAAGCGACAGGGACGCCAAGCAGAAAGAACUGGAGAGGAAGGUGCGCGAAGCCGAGGACGAGGCGCGACUGUUGCAGGAGCAGCUGGAGGACCUCAACGCUGCCAAGGAAGAUGCUGCGCGAAUGACCGACCGCAAGAUUGCCGACCUCCAGGCGCAGGUCAGCUCGGCACAACGAACGGUUCAAGAGGUCGAGCAGGAGAGCCAAGCUAGAGGGUCGGCAUUACAAAAGGUCCAAGAACAGCUUGCAGAAAAGGACGCCACCAUCGGAAACCUCGAAGCAGACGUUCUGCGCCUCAAGGCCCAGACAGGCGACGCAGCCACCAUGGACGUCAUCCGUCGCGAACUCACGGAUCAAGUCAAUCAUAUCAGGGCCCUAGAAGCCACGAACCGAGAGCAGCUGGCAGAGCUCAAGCACCUGCGGCAGGUGCACAAAGCCACCGAAGUCGUCGAGGAAGAGAAGCGAACAUUGCAACGGAAAUUGGCUGCUGCGGAAGACCUUGAGAAGGAGCUGGCGGAAGAGCGUCUUCAACGGCAGCGACUUGAGGAUGAGAAGCGCGCCUGGGCAGCCUAUCUCCGAAGCGUAGCCGGCGACAGCGAGCAAGCCGAGUUUGACUCUCCCGAGGCAGUGGCCAAGGCCCUCGUUGAAGAGCGACUGAACUCGGCGUCUCUUACGGAGCGCCUAGGUGCAUUGGAGCCCGAGAUCUCGCAGAAGGACAGCCAGCUCAGGAUGCUCGAGGAUGAGAAGAAGUCGUUGGCAACCCAGGUCGAAAAGCUCAAAGCGUCUGGCGGUGAUAGUGGCAACGGGUCUACGCCGGUCGGAGGUGCUGACAAGGCACGCAUGCGCCUCGAGAGGCAGCGUGCCUUGGCCGUCAAGGAAGUAGAAUACCUCCGGGCGCAGCUCAAGACCUUCGACGCCGAGGACAUCACCUUCCAGCCGGACAAUUUCGACCAGAAGAAGGCGGAACGUAUCCAAGAGCUGGAAGAUCUCGUCGACAAGUACAAGGUCGAAGUGCAGACUCUCCACAGCGAGCUUUCGUCGGCAGAGUCCUCCAGCUCGAGCCCUGCUGUCGGUGCCGGCCUGAAACGCUCCCAUCCCGACGGCGAGGAGAACGAGCAGCUGGGCCAGCUCACACGCAAGCUCCGCAAGCUGCAGGACGAAGUCACCAAGACGAACAAGGCCCACCGCCUGCUGGAGACGGAGCUGUCCGUCGCCAAGGAGCAGCUCGCGGCGGCCAAGGAGUCGGCCAAGACGCGCAUCCUCUCCCUGCGCUCCAACCCGACCUCGGACUUUGAGGCCGUCAAGCUCUCCACCCUCAACGCCCUCAAGGAGGAGAACGCCCAGCUGCUCGCCCACGUCCAGAGGGACUCGUCCUCCUUCCCCACGAUCCCCAUGUCCGUCCUCGCGGCCGCCCAGCGCGAGAUCGCCGACGCCAAGGCCGAGACGGCGAGCGCGCACAAGACGGCCCGUCGCCUCAAGGAGGUCUGGGCCUCCAAGUCGGGCGAGUUCAAGGAGGCCGUCUUCUCGACGCUCGGCUGGCACGUCACCUUCAUCCCCAACGGCAAGAUGCGCGUCGAGAGCAUCUACAACCCGAGCGCCACCGACGAGCACGAGAACUCGAUCGUCUUUGACGGCGAGCGCGGCACCAUGAAGGUCAGCGGCGGGCCCCGGAGCCCGUUCGCCCAGCGCAUCAGCGACCAGAUCGGCUUCUGGGUGCGCGAGAAGGGCUGCAUCCCGGGCUUCCUGGCGGCGCUGACGCUCGAGUUCUACGAGGAGCACACGAGGGCGCAGCAGGUCUAG